GCCAAAGGCACAGUGAUGUUCACAUCUCGUCUAACUGACCCGCGAGAAGUAAGGACGCUAGCUUUUUUCGGGUCUGGGAAGAGAAAGAAGGUCACUUCCGGCGACACGGUCGCGUCACUUCCUCCGAAGCUUGGUGUUUCGUCAGUGGGCACCCACGCGGGUUCAGCAUGCGUAUCGAGAAGUGUUAUUUCUGUUCCGGGCCCAUCUACCCUGGCCACGGUGUUCAGAUUUUGUAAAUCUAAAUGUCAUAAAAACUUUAAAAAGAAGCGCAAUCCUCGCAAAGUUAGGUGGACCAAAGCAUUCCGGAAAGCAGCUGGUAAAGAGCUUACAGUGGAUAAUUCAUUUGAAUUUGAAAAGCGUAGAAAUGAACCUAUCAAAUACCAGCGAGAGCUAUGGAAUAAAACUAUUGAUGCAAUGAAGAGAGUUGAAGAGAUCAAACAGAAACGCCAAGCUAAAUUUAUAAUGAACAGACUGAAGAAAAAUAAAGAGCUACAGAAAGUUCAGGAUAUCAAAGAAGUCAAGCAAAACAUCCAUCUUAUCCGAGCCCCUCUUGCAGGCAAAGGGAAGCAUUUGGAAGAGAAAAUGGUACAGCAGUUGCAAGAGGAUGUGGAUAUGGAAGACGCUUCUUUAAAAUCUCUGUAACCAUUUCUUUUAUGUGCAUUUGAAAAUGCCCUUUGGACACUUGGAACUGCUAAAUUAUUAGUUUAUUUUUUACAUAAGGUUACUUAAAUGAAAAGUGAUUAAAAUAUGUCUUUUCUACAUUGCCAUCUAUAAAACAUCAGAUAUUACGGAUGUUACAUUACAUCUCAGUGUUAAAUCUUCACUGACAGAUGUACUUAUGUAAAUCAUGAAAAUUCUGCUUAUAACUAUAGAAGUGAAUUGUGGAUGUAAAAUGCUUAUUCCAUCUGGAUAAUGGCACAGGGCAGCCUCUGUAUAAUAAGUAAUGGCAAAAAUUCAUGGUUAGUAAUGUAUAAAAUAAAAUAUUCUUUGCAGUAAAAUAUUCCCUUUAUUAAUGUUAUAGAACAGGGGAUACAAUAAGGAAAUAAUUUGUAUGAGAGUGUCAAAUACUAUUUUAUUUUAAUAUUUCCUGUUUUGGUUUAUUGGCAUCUCAGAAGAGCGUAAUGAUACUGUUUGAUGAAGCCUAAUUGUGCUGGACUGUUUUGACCUGGUUUAACCCUUCUGAUAGGUAGUUUUGGAUGUUGGGGAUGAGAACUGAAUAAUCUUUGCCUGGAGCGACACUAUUUAGAAUUUCCACUUUGGAGAAUACUCAGUUCCAACUUCUGAUUCCUGGUAGAACAAACUUUAUUUUUCUAACCUACCAAUGAUCUAGAAGCAGAGAAAUCCCAAUGCCUUUUAAAAGUUACAUGGCUUUCUUUUAAAAAGCUCCUGUUUUUGGAAAGUAGAAUUUAUGGGUACAACAUCUAUUCAUUAUUUGUACAUAAAAUAAAACCAUUUAAAAAGUAA